GAUGGCCGCCUACAGCGCCGGGGUGCGCAUCGGCAACUGGAGCGAGGACGCGGCGCUGGCAGAGGAGCUCCUGGAGGAUUUCCGGCGGAGGAGGGAGCGCGGAGAACUCCUCAUACAGAAGUGCGGUAAACUCCAGGAUAACCUCUUAAGGAAGGUGAAGCUGUCUCUGUCUAAGGAUGGAUUUGUUCAUUUUGGAGACACCGUGAUGCUUCUGAGCCCAGAUAACAACAAAUCCGUGAUGGAGAAUUACCCCGGCGUGUGCGGCAGGCUGGCCUUGGCCGUGGAUCUGGACGAAAUCUCCAUGUUUUCGGCCGCAUCGCUGCAAGCUCCCUGCGGAGUUAGUGCAGCCAAAAGCACGGACCCUAUCGGUCGAAAUACUUUUUGUAUCUUAAGUGUUGAUGGAGGUGAAAUGGGUGAACCCAUUAGAUUUGGGCAAAAAUUUGUUCUCGGGGCAACAGGGGGGUUUUCUGAUCAAAUGUUAUAUCUAGCAAGCGACCAUAAAUCAUUUCUGAGAUUUGCUAAAAAAUCUUACCUUCAGCAAGUAUUUUUGACAGAUGAACUUUCCUACUUGACUCACUGGCAGGCAACAUUCCUGGAUCCACAACUGCGUCUUGAGUAUGAAGGAUUUCCAGUUCCUGCAAACUCUAAUAUUAUUAUUACUCAUUGCCAUACUAAUCGAAGUUUGGCUGUUCCAAGGAACUUUUGGAUAAGAUCUUAUUUUGGGAUGGAAUAUGAAGUAGUUUGUCACACCUAUCUGAACUCCCAUAAAGCUGAAGAAGAUAAGAAUUACUGGAUAAUAGUUACAGGGAAUCCUGUUGAUGAGGAAAGUACUAUGAUUGAUAGACCCAACCCCCUCUCAGGAGGGCUCAGAAAGAAUAGUGAGCUUCAUGAAGACACAGAGAAUAGAAAAAUCCCAGAUUAG